CUCUCCCAUCAGACCGUCAAGGCGACGUCCCCGCUCGGCGACCCUCGUGUGACCUACAACCUGGAGGAGGGUCAGGUGCCAGAGACCAACAUGCCGGUGCGUUUCUACAUCAAACCGAACCGAGCGGACGGCUCGGCGUCCAUCCUGGUGGCCGAGAACCUCGACUUCGAGACGACUCGCUUCUUCACGCUCAGAGUGCGAGUGCAAAACGUCGCCGCCGUGCCGCUCGCCUCCUUCAGCACCGUCUACAUCAACGUGACAGAUGUGAACGACAACGUUCCUUUCUUCCUGUCGUCCACCUACGAGGCCACGGUUCCUGAGGGAGCAGAGAUCGGCACAUCGGUGGCUCAGGUGUCGGCCACAGACCUGGACUCUGGUCUGCACGGGAGGAUCCACUACGCGAUCCUGAGAGACGAGAGCGGAGACUCCCAGUUCUUCAGCAUCGACACGCGCAGCGGCGUCAUCGUCACCCGGGCCUCCUUCGACCGCGAGCAGAAAGCCUCGUACCUGAUCGAGGUGCAGUCGCAGGACGGAUCCGAGUCGGCCCGACCAAGCCAACAAGGACAACCCAACACCGACACAUCGUACGUCAGGAUCUUCAUCACCGACGUCAACGACAACGCCCCGGCGUUCGCCCAGCCGGUGUACGAGGUGAGCGUGGAAGAGGACAAGGAGGUCGGCUUCGUCCUCAUCACCGUCACCGCCAACGACGAGGACGAAGGGGCCAACGCCAAGCUGCGUUACCAGAUCACCUCAGGAAACGCCAUGGGCACCUUCGACGUGGAGCCCGAGGUGGGCACCAUCUACGUGGCUCAGCCGCUGGACUACGAGAUGGAGCAGCGCUACGAGCUGCGGCUGGUGGCCUCCGACGGGAAGUGGGAGAACGAGACGCUGGUGGUGGUGCAGGUGGUCAACCACAAUGACGAGGCGCCCGUCUUCAGCCAGACCGAGUAUCAGGCCGUCGUGACUGAGGAGCUCACCCAGCUGCCAGUUUUCAUCCUGGAGGUUUCAGCCACAGAUCCGGACCAGGAAGCCGACCAAACUGCCGUUCGCUACUCUCUCCAUGGCCAGGGCGCUGGUGGUGAAUUCACCAUCGAUGAACGCACUGGAAGAAUUUACGCCCAACGGCGCCUGGACCGGGAGGAGCGUCCAGCCUGGAGAUUCCUGGUCCUCGCCACAGAUGAGGGAGGGGCGGGACUCACAGGAUUUGCCGAUGUUUUGUUAGAAGUCAAAGAUGUCAACGACAAUGCACCCUUCUUCCCGUGUCCAGCACUGGAAGUAGACGGUUGUUUUGUUGGCCAAGUUCCUGAAAAUUCGCCCGCAGACACCUCCGUCAUGGAGAUGCGCGCCAUGGACCUCGACGACCCCAAUGAGGGCAAGAACGCCAUGCUGACCUACAGCAUCAUCAAGAACGUCCGCAAUGAGAUCAACCUCAACCUGUUCUCCAUCAACGGCACCACAGGGACCAUCUACACCGUUCUACGUUCCCUGAACAGGGAGGCGGAGGACAGGUAUCUGGUGGUGGUGGAGGCCAGGGAUGGAGGGGGAUUAGCGGGGACGGGGACAGCCACCAUCACGGUUUCAGAUGUCAACGAUCACCCACCCGUCUUCACUCAGAGGAUCUACACCACUCAGGUGACAGAAGACCUGGAGGUGAACAGCGAGGUUUUCGUGGUUUCUGCCACAGAUGGAGAUGAGGGCGAGAAUGCUGUGGUAACCUUCAGCAUCGUGGCAGGUGACGAGGACAGGAAGUUCUUUGUGGAAACUGACAAACUUAACAGACGUGGUGUGAUCAGGCUGAAGAAGAAGCUGGACUUUGAGAAGCCCCAUGAGAGGACUUUCAAUCUGACCCUGAAGGCUGAGGAUGCUGAUUUCUUCAGUCUGGCCUACUGCCUCGUUCAGGUGGAAGACUCGAAUGACAAUGCCCCUGUCUUCUUCCCACAAUUCUAUGAGUCGCCAGCGAUGUCCGAAGACGUGUCCGUGGGGACUAUCGUUACUCAGGUGUCAGCUUCUGAUCUUGACUCAAGCCAAAAUGGACGUUUUUCUUACAGUAUUUCCAAAGAGUCCGACCCUUACGGUCAGUUCCUGGUGGACCAGUCCGGUUGGGUGGUAGUGGCUGAUUCACUGGACAGGGAGAAAAUCUCCCAGCACAGGAUCAUGGUCCUCGCUACAGAUGCUGGGAGUCCAUCCUUGACCGGAACCGCCAUUGUGAUAGUGACGGUACUUGAUGUCAACGACAAUGGGCCGGAGUUCGAGGUCCCCUAUGAACCUGUCGUUUGGGAGAACACGGCGGCGCCUCAGUCAGUACGAAUGAACAAAACCUCGCUCCUCCUCCACACCACCGAUCGCGACACCUCCACCAACGGCGGACCGUUCUCCAUACGACUGCUCAUGCUCACCUCAGAUGCCACAAACUUCAACCUGACAGAUUUCCGGAACGGCAGCGCUGCCAUCACAGCUCUCCGGACGUUUGACCGUGAGCGGCAGAAAGAGUACCGCCUCCCGAUUCUCAUGAUUGACAGCGGCUCUCCUCCAAUGAGCUCCACCAGCACAUUGACGAUUGUUAUUGGGGACAGAAACGACCACCCCCACUCUCCAGGACACACCCACUUCAUCGUGUACAGUGUUGAGGGUAUCCUCCCGACGACGGUGCUCGGACAGGUUCAAUCCCCCGACCUUGAUGACUGGAGUGAGAAGGUGUACCGCUUCGAGGGCAAACCAACCAGGUUGUUCAGUCUGAACCACAGCUCGGGUCAGCUCAGUGUCAGGGAGGGGACGCCUCCCGGGUCGUACCGCCUGCAGGUGCGCGUGUCCGAUCGCACCUGGCCCGACGUGACCUCCACGGCUCGGGUGGACGUAGUAGAGCUGCAGCAGGACGCCCUGCAGAACUCCGCCUCCAUACGCCUGUCCAACCUGACGGUGGAGCAGUUCUUCAGCGGUGGAGGUGAGGAGAGCCGUUUCUCCCGUCUGGGUCGAGCGUUGGCUGAACUCCUGCAGACUUUGCCGGAAAACGUCCAGAUCUUCUCUGUUGGCGACGCCGGGCGACGGGGCGAGAAGGAGCUGAACGUCUGGUUCGCUGCUCGUGGCUCGCCGUACUACAAGGCGGAGAAACUGCACGGCUACGUGGCGGCAAACAAAGCCAAGGUGAGAAGCCUGAAAGUUUCCUAUUGA